AUGAGUAAUAUGGAUCGAGUGACUCGACAUGGAGGUUCCUCUAGUCAAGCGAGACGUAGACUAAAUCUGGAGGAGGAAAUUAUAAAGCUUCCUGCGUACGAUAUGACAUCGGCUGCAGAGAAAUUUAAAUUGACUGUGAUUGGUAGAAUGUUCCACAGAGAAGGAAGAAACAUGGAUGCGAUUUUAGGGAUGCUCCCAAAGCCAAAGAUUUGGGAUGUAGAAGGAAGAGCCAGAGGAACAAGUUUAGGAAAUGGGCAGUUCCUUUUCGACUUUGAUAAUGAGGAGGAUAUGACAAAGGUCCUAGGAAGCGUCCAUGGCAUUUUAAUAGUAACGGGUAUUCCUGUUCAUUUCUGGAACGAUGAUACCUUUCAAGAGAUCGGAAAGGCGCUUGGAGUGGUCCAGUUGAUUGAAGCGCACCGGGCAAAGUUCCAGGUAUCGAUCAAUGCUGAUGAGCCUUUACAGUUCGAAAAGAAAGUGGGCUUCCCCAAUGGGGAUACAGGAAUGGCGAAACUGGAAUAUGUUGGUCUCCAUAGAUACUGCUUCACCUGUAAACUAUUAUCCCAUGAAGAAGGAACUUGUCCUGCGCUUACAGAUGAUCAACGUGAGAAGAAUAGGGUACAAAGGCUCGAGCUAAACCAGGAGCAUACCCCGUAUCUGAGGGGGUAUGGUGGAGGACUCCAACAAGGUCGACGGGAAGAGAUACAAACCGGGAGACUCCUGGGACAUGAACGCGAGGGACGUGGAGCGAGUUAUAGAGACUAUCGUGAUUUCCCUCCUCCGACUUCCUCUAGACAUGAGGACCGUUACAUGAAUGCUAGAAGAAGUGGGAUUGAGAGAGAAAGAGAUCUGCGCCUGAAACUUAAGCAACAAAGGGAUUCGAGAGGAAAAGAUGUGUGGAACAGGGUCAAGAGAUUACCCACGAGACAUACUCCUGUAUCUCGAGAAAGAUACCAUCCCUACAAAGGUUCUUAUGAUCGUACUCGGAAGAGAGAUACCUCGAGAAACAAUUCCCACCAAAUGUGGAGACCUAGACAUCCCUACAACAAGGCUCUCCCAAACCAAAUGGAAACCCCAAGCUCCCGUGUCUCCAAUCAUAACAGCGAGGGUUUCAACACGCCAGUCGAUUCCCAGCGCACUCUGUCAGCGAGAGGAGAUAACGAGGGCCCAACUGAUAGAAGAGGUUCUGGGGUCCUUGUCGUCUAUCCCAAGAAUACGGAGGAAGACCGUAUCCGUAAACUAAAAGGGAAAGCGAUAGAAACAGAGGCAUCCAGGGCAGAAGCGAAGAGAAUAAAAGUCGAGAGAUUACCCACGAGACGUACUCCUGUAUCUCGAGAAAGAUACCAUCCCUACAAAGGUGCUUAUGAUCGUACUCGGGAGAGAGAUACCUCGAGAAACAAUUCCCACCAAAUGUGGAGACCUAGACAUCCCUACAACAAGGCUCUCCCAAACCAAAUGGAAACCCCAAGCUCCCGUGUCUCCAAUCAUAACAGGGAGGGUUUCAACACGCCAGUUGAUUACCAGCGCACUCUGUCAGCGAGAGGAGAUAACGAGGGCCCAACUGAUAGAAGAGGUUCUGGGGUCCUUGUCGUCUAUCCCAAGAAUAAGGAGGAAGACCGUAUCCGUAAACUAAAAGGGAAAGCGAUAGAAACAGAGGCAUCCAGGGCAGAAGCGAAGAGAAUAAAAGAUCUUGCCUUAGGUCGCAAGCUGGGAAGCCUCUCCAUCAAUGAGCCUGCUAUUGGGGGGUAA